GCGCGCCAAUGGAAGAGCUCGGUCCCUGAGACGAGGGCGGAUCUCGCAUUUGGAUGCCGUGCGAUGCUCGAUCACCGGUGCAAGCGGGCGGACGGACACUGGGGCUGCUCUGCGUCGGGCGUGCGAUGCACUGACCAAACCUUCACUACAUAGGGGUUAUUUAUGAGCUAGUGCGCGAGCGUCGGGUGGGAUCGGCUCAGCAUCAUCCCUGAUGUGAGUACAGCGGGAUUCAAGGAUGGAUACACGGGCCACACCUGUGCGCCAGCUGCGUAACCCGCGGACCUGUUGGAGACCACCGGGCACAGACUCGCAGCUCUGGGCAGCAGACAGCCCAGCGAUGGCGCUGUGACCACCGGGUUCGACAAAGACCUUAUGGGGCCCCUUGCGCAUCAACGCGCCCGCUGGAUUAUCAUAGCUUCUGGAUUCUGUUCGGACCGGCCUUAUACUGACUGGACCGAACCUUCCUCCUUCUCUCAGUGUGUGUGAGUGUGAUUUUGAGACAAAGACCCUGCGCGCACCGCUGAAACCCACGCGCUAUGGAUGCGGUUCGGCUGGACGGGCUCGACCCACCGGCGGAGAACGGCAAUGUGUCGCAGCCCGAACCGCCCAAGCGGCUCUCGCAGGUGGACACGGUGGUUCUGCCAUUCCUCGGGGGGUUCGGGAGGUAUCAGCGGCGCCUGGUGGCCCUGACGUGGAUCCCGGCGUUCCUCAUCUCGUUCAUCCAGUUCUCGGAUCACUUUCUGCUCGGCCAGCCGGACAGGAAGUGCGUCCGCCCGGAUCAGGGCAGCGCGGGGAACGGGACGGGCUCGGAUCGGGAUUUAUUCUUGGAUCUGAUCGCGAACGGGAGCGACGCCACCGAUAACAGCUACGUUACGGCGUGUAUGUGCUCGGAGUGGCGCUUUGAGCUGCAGUCGGGACUGCAGCAGAAUGUGGUCACCAAGUGGACGCUGGUGUGUGACGGAGAGUGGAAGGUUCACAUCGCCAAGUUCUCUCUGUUGGUCGGCUCCAUUUUUGGCUACCUGCUGAUGGGAGCGAUGGCAGACUGGUUGGGCCGUAUCCCAGUGCUGCUGGUGUCCGUGCUGUCCGUGCUGGUGUUCGGGUUAGCCGUGGCGUUUUCCGUGGAUAUGGCCAUGUUCAGCACACUGCGCUUCUUUGAAGGUUUCUGUCUGGCGGCCAUCAGACUGUCCCUUUAUGUCCUGAGGAUUGAGUUGUGUUUGCCCAAAUGGCGUUUCUCCAUGACCAUGAUCGCCAGUCUGAUCAUCGUGGGCGGGCAGCUGCUGAUGCCCGGUUUGGCGGCGCUGUGCCGUGAUUGGCAGAUUCUUCAGAUCGCGAUCAUCGCCCCAUUUGUGCUUAUGCUGCCGUAUGUCUGGAUGUUUCCCGAGUCCCUGCGCUGGUUGUUGGCCACUCAACAUUACCAAAGAGCCAAGCGACAAAUGUACCGAAUCGCCCAGAGCAACAGCGUCGACACAGCAACCGACCCCAGUGGCAUCCUCUCAGAGCUGGAGACGGAACUGCAGCAGAAGCCAAAGACGUCCUGCGUAACGCAGCUGACCGGCACCCGAAACCUGUGGAAGAACACCGUAGUCCUGUGCGUGAACUCGUUGACAGGCUACGGCAUCCAUCACUGUUUUGCUCGCAGUGUUCUGGAAGGCAGCGAAUCUCAUCUGAAUUACUACGCAGUGGCUGCCAUCGCAUUCGCCUCCUGUAUUGUGGUGUGUCCUGUGGUGGGUGGUUUUGGCAGGAGAGGAGGCCUGCUUACCUUCAUGAUCAUUACAGCCUUGGCAUCGCUGCUGCAGCUGGGUCUGCUCAACCUUAUUGGGAAGUACAGUCUUCGGCAUGAUGCAGUUCUGCGAGACACCCUGAAUCGGCGCUUCUCCUACGCGUUCUCCAUCAUCGGGAUGUUCUCGUCUCAUGCUGUCAGCACACUCAGCAUCUUUUACUGCGCAGAGAUCACGCCGACUGUCAUCAGGGGUGGCGGCGUCGGUCUGGUCCUCGCGAGUGCAGGGUUCGGCAUGUUAACAGCACCUCUCAUGGAGCUCCACAAUCAGAAGGGUUUCUUCCUGCAUCACGUGAUCCUCACCUGCUGCACGCUGCUCUGCAUCAUUUGCAUACCGUUGCUCCCGGAGACCGCCGGCCAACCGCUGCCCGAGACUAUAGCUGAAGGGGAGGGGCUACUGCGGCGGCCCAUCCUCCCUGGAGAGCAGCACCACCUCCUGGCCAGGACCGAGGUCAGGGAAUACUCGCGUGUUCAGGACACGCCCCUUCACCAGGUCGUGAACCCCGGCAACGGCUCAGUGCCUAGCAACAGUACAGCCAAUGGCGUGAGGACUUCAUGACAGCAUUUUCUAAGAACGGCCAAUCGAAGAACAGUGGGAGCGAUAGGUUUCGAUUGUAAAGAACGAGUUUCAUUCAUUUGUUUUUAAAACCGCGGACUGAGACAGAUGUCCCGAUAAAAGUGUCAAACGCCUCAUUAACCAGCAUCGGUGAAGAUUAUUACCAUUGUAGAAACUGAAAAUGUUAUUUUAACUUGCAUUCAAUGAAAGGAGUUCUAUUUUUCGAACGGCCACUAAUUUAAUGUCUCCGAACAACAACCUCAUGGAGGAGUUUCACUGAUUUGAAUGUGUUUUUUGUAUGUUUGGUAAAUGUUUGGUAUUUAUUAAGGACAGAAUGACGACAGUAAGAACCGACGGGCCUCGUUCACGACACGAGUGAAGCAAAUUUAAGUAGUUGUAAUGCUUUCCAUUCGUAGGAAUGGUGGUCAAGCGCGACAGAAAUGAGUUUUGCUCACGUUUCUUGAAUGAAGCGCGUCGUGUUCGUGUGCACCUCACUAUGUUCAGGUUUUUUUUAGUCUGUCUGUUUUGCACUAAAACUAGAAAAGCAAUCAUCAGUCGGCCAGAUGAAUCUGAACUGAAUGUGUAUGAAACCACAUCUAGACAGAUGAUGGCUGUUUAAAAAAAAUACAACAGCACAACUUAAUGGUCUGCUCUUAACAAGCAAACAUUCACAAACUCAAUAACCUUCAUCUGGUGAAACCUGUCAGGAAAGUGUCACGGGUCACAUCGCACAACAAAAUCAAUAAAAACAAGAAAUAAAUGGUGUACUUUUAAGAACAUUAAGAUUUUUCAUUACAUCAAUGGCAAUUAAAUACAUUUUCCUCCCAAAUUCGCAAUGUAAUGUGAAAAUAUUCAAGUAUUCAUAUACUAUUUUAGUAUUGUACUGGCUUGAUAUGUUUGUUAUUUGCCAAGUAAAAACAUAAAUGUAUUAAAGUAAUGAGAAUUUAAUGACAAUCAUCAAGAAUAAUAAAAAUAGGAAUAAUGUGCAGAUGCAUUAUGGUCAUUUCCUUUUGCAUUGUGCUAAUGAUAUUUAAGAGGAUAAUGUCACAAUGCUUAAAUAUUAUUAUAAUGGUUGUAAAAACAACCAUUUUAUCUAUUUUACUUUUGAUUCUGGAGUGAAAUGAGACCCAGACACACUUUCAUGACAUUUACUCAAAUCAUAAAUGUGAACUCUGGUUGAUGUGGAGCAUGACCACUAGAAGGGCUGCUGAGUGUUUUCAUGUAUAUUAUUAUUAUUAUUAUUAUUAAUGUGUAGAAUAGCAGUGGAGUAACUUGAACAUCACAAAACUCCUGUUUAUCCUUAAACUACUGAAUAUGGAACCAAAUUAUGAAAAAACAACAGUCUCUCGACCUUAUAGCAGGACAUUAAUGAAACAUUUCAAGGUUUUAAACUGUGAUUGCAGGUAUUGUGUGUAUACAGGCUUCUGGGAUAUAUGUAUUUAUCUCUGAAUGUGAGUCGUGGUAUUUCACAUCCUACUAGCAGGAGUAAUAGUGAGUAAUCAGAAACAAGCACAGGAUCAAUACUCACGUAUAUAUGCAUUUGGCUACUGUCCUGUAUAAGCUUCAGCACUCCACGAUACUGAUUAAAGCACAUUGGAAGAACGAGCACAAAUGAGUGAAUCUCACAAAAACAACAACAUGCCCAGGCCUUUUUUCACUCCAAAAAUCCAAAAGAAAUGACAAAGUAUAUUUUUCUUAAAGAGAAUGAAACCUAUUUUUAGGACCAAAAAUCUCUCAUUACUUUAAUGUGGGACAAAAUAUUGUGUGGGAUAAAAUUGUCAUGCACAAUUGUAAGGUAUACGUCACCAAAAAACUGCUUAAUUAUAAAUAAAAAAAUAUUUUUGUUUUAAAAAUAGACUAAAAUAAUAGAUUCUUUUGGCUUGAAACAUGACCUGGACACACAUUAAUGAGAUUCACUCAAACAUGGAGUGCAUAAACAAAUUUGUGCAAGAGACUGAAACAUUUUCAAUUAGCGUAUUUUUCUGUAUUUGACUCAUUUUGACGAUUAAGAUUAGAAUUUCAUACAUGUUAAUAGUCCAUUUUAAGACAUUGCACUUGUAAAUAAAUACCAUUUUUAAUACAGUG